AUGUCCUCUCAAGUAUGUCAUUUGCACGAUCCCUUUGUGGAUUCGUCUACUACCAGCAGCCAAAAGACGACACCAAGCUGCGAGAAACAGGUUCAUAUGGCUGGCAAAGGCAAUUCGCUAGAGACUAAACAUGGCACCUCACGUAGAGGCGAGACAUUGAAGCUAAAGGUGUAUCACUCGGGCGAGUGUCAAGGGCAAGAGAAGACUCACAAGCAGAACACUACCCAGGAGUCUAAAAAGUUGAACUCUCCGGCUUCUCAGCUCCUUGCACAUAUUCCUCGAGGGCCGGCCACUCAGAGACAAGGCCAGGAAUUAGUUCUUACUUCACGGAGAGGAGGGCGACCAACUUCAGAGCAGCGAAGCUCAAUUCCAAUCCCCGUCCGUAGUCCUCAACGCCUAGGCAGCCGUUCAAAUGCACUGGGUGAAGGUUUUUCUGGUGGUAUUCGAGUAGUCGAGAAGCCUCGUGGACCUCGACCUCCCAUACAGGCUGUGCAGAAAGAAAUCACAGCCUCGAGUUCAGUUGAACGAGCACCCAGUCAGGCGGAAGAAACCAACACCUCGUCCUCCCCUCUCCUCGGUGACUGGGAAUUUAGAGAGAUGCCUAAGCGACCCACCGAUGUGUACACUGGUGAAUAUCGCAUCCGGCCUAUCCUCAGGAUUGCCGCUUCAGCCGAGAAAAUGAUCAUGGGUCACGAUAGUCCGGGCAGCACGUAUGCAGUCACGCAACGAUCGAACCCAGCCGUCGUUCAGUAUCCGGAUACACCUAAACGCGGCUUGAACAGAGAUCCUAAGAAGUUUGGGGAUACAUCAGGGGCCCCGGGCUCCAGUCAACCUAACGGUAGCACCGGCGAAGACGCCCCAGUAGCUGGACCAUCAAACCGUUCCCAGAUAUCACUGGAGACACUUCCGAAGGGAGACACCAAUGGGCGCCAAUUUUCAAUUCCUCGGAAGCCUGUCAAUAGCCCAAGCCUGUCAUCUCUUUUCGUACCCUGUCCUGAAAGCAUGCAGCCUGCACCUUCCAUGCCAAAACUUCCUGGACCAUACGAAGCCAUUAUGAAGAGGAGAACAGCAUCUGGUUCAGUAACCCCAACGGAGAUUGCUUCUCCUCAAGCCGAGACGUUUGAGCAAAGUCCGGGAACUAGUGAUAGUGAGGUGACCAUCAAACCUCAACCCAAACAGACAGUAGCUCUUCAGGCCAUGUCUGACUUUUCUACGCAGGAUGAGCCAACCUCUAGGCCCGUCAGUUCAACUACAUUGCAUUCCAGCAAUGUGUCGAGAUCGGUGGAGAAUCCAGCAUCUAGAGACAUCGUGUCACGAAGACCUAGCCACAAUCUGACGCCUCAAAGUGCUAGGAUUCCAGAUUCCCGGAGCACCCGUAUGCUUGGUGGCUUUCGGAAUAUCUUCAAGCAUAGAAGUACAGUGGAAAAGGGUAAAAGGACAUCUGACAUUGUACCUGGCCUUGCAUUCAAAGACCCGGAGUCCAGUAGUGCGAAGCUUAUCAAAAGCCCCGAAUACAGCAAGCUCGACCCAGGAAGUACGGGAUUUAGAGCAGGUGCUAAGUACCCAAAGUUGUCCGAGAGUUGGAAUAAAAACCUGCGCCUACCUAGACCCUCAUCAAGGAGACCAACAAUCUCAGCGCCCAUCCCCAUAUCACCUGGUGAUGGAAAUAUUCCUUCAUUCGCCCGACCCACAAUGGCAACACGUACCAGGGCAGUGACUAGCCCUCGCGAACAGAAACCUACCACCCCUCAUUGCCCAGCGCACAGGAUUCACACAGUGACUGCCACCACUGGAAGCCCGCAGCGCGUUAGUUGUCCCAGCACAGGCACACAGGCACACAUUCCAUCUGUGCCGAAGAAGACUAUCCUACCACAUUCCGUGGAGCUGACUAAACUGGACACUAUAACUUCCAAGAGACAAUCUCCUCAGAUCGAGAGUAGUGCCUCGGACUCGUUGUCGGAGACCCUAAAUGAGAUCCGCCUUUGUGUGGAACAUCUUUGUAACAAAGCGCGGGAUGAGAAGGCAGCGGAUAAGAGGGAAUGGAGCCUCCGUAUGGCGUUGUCAUUGCAGCAGCAAAUCAGUGAUUACAACACUAUCGAGAGAGAAUCUGCAGAGGCUGAAGCAUUGUUCUUAAGGAAACGUGCGGACAAAUGCGUCGCCGAAAACAGUUUGUUCGAAUCAUAUGCCCAAGUUCGGGCUCAAAUGGAUGGGGAUUAGAUAUCAAACAUCCUAAACGAUGAUUAGUCCUUGGGGCUCAAUUAUACGUUGAGCUUGCUCGCCUUUCAACACUGAAACGAUAGGUCGAGUAAUGAUUCAAGUUUUGUGCGUGUUGCAAAGAGAUAAUCCCAGGGAACGAGAGAACUCUUUCGACUCUCACGAUGACAGCUUCCUUUCAUUUCACGACAUUCCUCGAUUCUCUAGAAGCAUAUGAGUACGAAGGGUCAGAC